AUGUCAUAUACUGUGAAUAUUAAAGAAUGUAGAAGAAAAAUUGAAUGCAGGUUUAUAAAGCUUAUUUAUCUAUUCUCUUUACAGCCCAUUGGUGCUUUAAACCCAAAGAGAGCAGUAUUUUAUGCAGAACGCUAUGAGACAUGGGAAAAUGAUCAAACUCCACCUUAUCAUUAUAACACUCAUUAUUCUACAUCUACCUGUACAUUAGCCUGGCUUGUUCGCAUUGAGCCUUUUACAACUUUCUUCCUCAAUGCAAAUGAUGGUAAAUUUGAUCAUCCAGAUCGAACUUUUUCUUCAGUGGCAAGAUCAUGGAGAAAUAGCCAACGAGACACUUCAGAUGUCAAAGAACUAAUUCCAGAGUUUUACUACCUGCCAGAAAUGUUUGUCAACAGUAAUGGAUAUAAUUUUGGAGCCAGAGAAGAUGAAACUAUUGUGAAUGAUGUUGAGCUUCCCCCUUGGGCCAAGAAGCCUGAAGACUUUGUCCGCAUCAAUCGAAUGGCUCUGGAAAGUGAAUUUGUAUCUUGUCAGCUUCACCAAUGGAUUGAUCUCAUAUUUGGCUAUAAGCAGCGUGGGCCAGAAGCAGUGCGGGCACUUAAUGUUUUCCAUUACUUGACAUAUGAAGGUUCCAUAAACCUUGACAGUAUCACUGAUCCUGUCCUCAGAGAAGCCAUGGAGGCACAGAUACAGAACUUUGGACAGACGCCAUCUCAGUUGCUUAUCGAGCCACAUCCUCCUCGGAGCUCUGCUAUGCACCUGUGUUUCCUUCCACAGAGCCCACUUAUGUUUAAAGAUCAGAUGCAGCAAGAUGUUAUAAUGGUGCUCAAAUUUCCAUCAAAUUCUCCUGUCACACACGUGGCAGCCAAUACACUCCCACACCUUACAAUUCCUGCAGUGGUAACUGUGACUUGCAGCCGGCUUUUUGCAGUGAAUAGGUGGCACAAUACAGUAGGCCUCAGGGGAGCACCAGGGUAUUCUCUAGAUCAAGCUCAUCACCUUCCUAUUGAAAUGGAUCCAUUGAUUGCCAAUAACUCUGGUGUGAAUAAACGGCAGAUCACAGACCUUGUGGAUCAAAGCAUUCAAAUCAAUGCUCAUUGUUUCGUGGUCACAGCAGAUAAUCGCUACAUUCUCAUCUGUGGUUUCUGGGACAAGAGCUUUCGAGUUUAUUCAACAGAAACAGGCAAACUAACACAGAUCGUAUUUGGCCAUUGGGAUGUAGUUACUUGUCUUGCCAGAUCAGAGUCUUAUAUUGGUGGGGACUGCUACAUUGUCUCUGGCUCUCGGGAUGCUACUUUGCUGUUGUGGUAUUGGAGUGGCCGACAUCAUAUCAUUGGUGACAAUCCGAACAGCAGUGACUAUCCUGCUCCCAGAGCUGUUCUAACUGGUCAUGAUCAUGAAGUUGUCUGCGUAUCAGUAUGUGCUGAGCUGGGACUUGUCAUAAGUGGUGCUAAAGAAGGACCUUGUCUUGUACACACAAUUACUGGAGAUUUGCUGAGAGCACUAGAAGGAACAGAAAAUUGUUUGUAUCCACGCCUAAUAUCUGUGUCUAGUGAAGGCCACUGUAUCAUCUAUUAUGAACGAGGAAGAUUCAGCAAUUUCAGCAUUAAUGGAAAACUUUUGGCCCAGAUGGAAAUUAAUGAUUCAACCAGGGCUAUCCUUCUGAGCAGUGAUGGGCAGAAUCUAGUUACAGGUGGUGAUAAUGGAGUAGUAGAAGUAUGGCAAGCUUGUGACUUCAAACAACUCUACAUUUAUCCUGGCUGUGAUGCUGGCAUUAGGGCAAUGGACUUAUCCCAUGAUCAGAGGACUCUAAUUACCGGCAUGGCGUCUGGUAGCAUUGUAGCUUUUAAUAUAGAUUUUAAUCGUUGGCAUUAUGAGCAUCAGAAUAGAUAUUAAACCAGAGUGAAGAACUGAAAGCAAAGAUUACAUUGAGAGCACAAGUGCUACUGAAAGGUAUCUCUGGUGGAAAAAAGAAAUCUGCAUUGACCUCCGUUGUACAUUCCAUUACACCCAGCAAUAGCUGUACAUUGUAGUCAGCAACCAUUUUAUUUUGUGUGUUUUUUCACAACUGAACACCAGCUGCUGCAGAAGCGAGCUUGUAUCAUGUAAAUUAUAAUGACUUAAUAGAUGUUUUGGUAAUUAUUUCAUAUACUUUUGUUUACUGAGAAAAGGUAGAAGAACACAUCACAAGAGACUUUUGAAUAUUCUGAGGAACUUGUGUCUGGCUAUUAUAUGGUUUGGGCCAUGACCCUAGCAUCCAUUUCCCAUUUCCUAGCCUCUUUUCAAGCUGAUCAAUUAAAAGGAAAAAAAACCCUACGUUUGAUACUUUGUACAUCAGAUGCACAUCUUAACUUUAAAGGGAUACUUUUGUAAAAGUAAAGCCUUGUAUAAAAAACAAAAACUGUUUCUUAAUUUUAUUGUGGAGUUACAACUUGCAUGUACUUUAAGCCUGAUGUCUUGAAACCACAUCCACAAGUUGAACUGAAAGCUGUCCAAGGCCCAGCUUGUAUUUAAAGAUUGAAAUAGGUGCAAGCUGCAAUGGAGCCAUUGCCAUUGAAACAUGGUCUUCAUGUUUCAGUCUAAAGCCACCCCUUCUAAAUGAAGUUUUGCUCAUUACAUGAAGCAUUUGGAUAUGAAGCCAUUGUCGCCAUAGUUAUGCAUUAAAAAUAAUUUUCCCUUAAAAAUUAAUAAUGUGAUAAACAGGCAGGAGCAUGGUUAAGAUGCUCUGCUACAGCGCUUUAUGAUUCCCACCAAAGCAAGUUGCUAGACUUCUAGAUUCAUCACAUUUGGCAUACUAUGCAUUGCAGGGAGAGAGCAACUAAGAUUUUCUCUUAAAUUCCUUGGAAAUAAAGCUUGGUUAAAAGCAAACUUAGCUUCAUUGGGGUUAUUCUUUUGAAUAUUUUUAAAACUCAUAUGUUUAACACUCAUUUUACAUUGAAGGCACUCAUAUUUGACAGUACUGUAAUAAUGACUAUCAGAAUAAUUUUCUGCACAUUCUCCAAAUCAUGUAACAUACCCAGGGGUAUAUACACUUUACUUCAUGUUUCUUCUUUGUAUAUUUGGUGACUGUAUUGUCAUAGAUGUACAUAUUGUGUCGGUAGGGCUAUGAGGCAUGUAACAGGAAUGUAAUUUUCUCAAACUUUACACUCACUCACAGUCAUUUAUUUAAAAAAACACAAGAUAAUGGAUUCUUUGUACUGGCACUUUGGCACCAGAAACAUUAUUUAUUGACGUGGUUCUUAUUUGUUACUCACCUUGUAUUAGUAAGUUUUAGCACUAAAUACCUUCUUCAUUGUUGUUUGUAUUAAUAAGAUUCUGAAAUCAUGGGGAAUCAAUGUAAUGAUUAAGUUAUUCAUCAUUGUUCUGUAAGCAAUAUCUUGAGUUUGUAGCUUAGAACUGGGAGAAUACUGAACCAUCUGGAAGAUAAGUUCAUUUCAUCUCAAGAUCAUGGUGAAAUAUUUUGGCUAUAUAAAUUCCUUAAGCUAUUGU